GAGUCUUCCGCGUCAGCAAGUCAGAAGAAAAAGAAGAAGAAGAAAUCCAAGAAGCCAAAGACUCAUGAUACUACUGAUCCCCCUCCGGGGAAAUCACGGGUAACACCUUCACCUGACUCCGAGCGUGCAUCUGUGCUGUGCAUUAGUAGAAACAAACAUUGGAAAUAUAUCAGCUCUUACCACGGCCCGUGGCUGCAACUCCCGCUGGAGCUGCUGGAAUCUUUGCUUGCCCUCAAUAUUGACCCUGCCACCAUGUCUACAUCGGAAACGCAGCUGCCUACCCUUGCUUAUGCCUCCCAAGUUUCAGUUGGAAACACUCAGUCGCGACUGUCACCACGCCCUCGCGACCGCGACCGCGUAGUUUAUUCACUCAAGGAUAAUAUCCCUCCGGAAUCACCGGGUAACACUUUCACCACCUUGUCGACGCCGUAUAUUCCGACUUCACAGUCAGUUGCGUUUCCCCUGCCCGCUCCGGGCAAAGCCACUCCGCCGCCCAUCGACCCUGGCGUUUUUCGAAAUGUUGCAGCGAUCAGGAGGCUCAUCGAUGAAGCUUCAGAGCUUUCUGUACGUGCAUCUUCUGGCUUCUCAGCCGCUGCUCUUGGUUCCAUGCGCACAACAAAUAAUAACCCCUGGGCUACGGCUCAAGGGCUUGGCUUCGACGGCUCAAAUAACGUCGGCGGGGGAAGGAAUGUUGCUAUGAGUGCGAUGCGUGUGCAUAGGCUCAGAGCCCUUGCUGUUCAGAAGCUUGCAGCCGCAUAUAAGGCGGAUGAAAUUGCUAGUAGCGUCAUGGUAAUGCAAGGAGGGAGUGUAUUUGAUGACAUUGCUGAGAAAGUUCUCAAAUACGAUCCCAGCGACGCUGAUGCACGAUAUGUGCAUUUCUUCCAUGAGAAGAUUCCCUCCCGGCAACUUGCGGACUCCACAUCGACACAAGUGCUUGAUGAGCUGAUUGUGGCUCAUCCUCAACGACUGGAAUACCAUCGGACGCGUGGAAUAGUACAUUGUUUCCGCGACGAAUAUUCCUUGGCAACAAAAGACUUCACUCACGCUUUACGAGAGUCCCGUGCGGUGCGAAAAGCCCGUGCGGCACACCAAGAUUUAAUAUCUUCCCGUGAACCCCGAGGGAGAGCUCCCAAAAAGAAAAGGGGCUCCAAUAAAAGCAACGGACAGGCGCCUCCUAAUGGUACCAGUGCUGCUGCAGAUGGGCUUAACAUCGAGGGAAUGGACGGGGAGCCGUUACUUUUGCAUCCUUCAAUUUUGCCGGAUGCGCCAGACCCUAUUGAACCGCAAGUAUUAUUUUUGCGGGGGGCGGCGCAUUUGCAGCAUGCUGUGUACCUCAUUGAAUCUGCAAUAUUGCAGCUCGAGGGCGUCAGCAAGAUUAAUACAUCCCUUGAUGGAGCCGAGAUGCGGCUUUGUUACCUCUCUAAUGGCCGCUACGGGGGAGUCGAGAUGGGAAAUCCCGACGGUCCGUUGGGGCGCAGUGAUGACCCAAAAGCCCAGGCAUAUCGACGAGUUCUGGCAGACGACACUUUCCGCGAAACCAUUUACUCGCUCCUGAAGAAGAGUUUGCGUGAUCACGAACGCUUCCUCUCUCAUUUUGACACGCUAGAAGGCCCUGCCCCAAUGCAAGCAGAUCUGGCCAAAAGGGUGGAGGUUGCCUUCCUCUUAACCGAACUGGUGCGCCCAAAUAUCCAUACGUCGACCGCGGCUGGCCUCGCACAUGUCGACUCCAUUCUCCCGCCAAUGUUCACCACCUAUCACCCCUUACUUGUGGAGUCCCAUUUCAGUAUCCUUAUUUGCCAACUUAUGCUUGCCGACUUACCCACUUUGCUCGCCACAUUCUCGCGGACUGCAGUCAUUGUAGACGGGCUGGAGGGAUACCCUGUUUUUCUACCUCCACGGUCGAUGGCUCAAGCCGAGUUCAUUGAGGUCCUUGAACGACUUGCUGGUGGGUGGAUGACGGGUGUGCAGCCCCAUUCAUACGUACAGGGUAAGAAGGCGAUACAUCGACUUGUUAUCGAGCCUGUACCACCCCCCUCACCACCCAUGUCUUCAAUCGAUGCCAUGUCCACAUCUUCGGCGGACACAGAGUCUUACACUGCUUUUGCAUCCUUUUCGAACACAUGCCAAAUCCCCUCGGGUUCCUCAUUACCCACUAAUGGACGAAAUACCCCUUCUAGCGCCUUCGGUGGGAGCCGCGAGGACCUUAUAGAGGCAUUAGACUGUGCCCGCAUAUUGCUCGUCCCUGUUGCUGCGAGGCAAAAGGAACGUGCUGAGAAGGCAGCAGCGGAGAAAGUCAAAGCCGGGAACAAAAAGAAGCCAUUAAAUUUCAACAUACCAUUGCACGGCCCACGAGUAGAAAUCAUCCUCGCGUGGUUUGCAGCCGUUCAUGUUGUUGAGCUGGAAAGCGUUGCUUGA